AUGAAGCUCACCCUCCUCGGACUCCUCGCCGCCACCGCGACGCUGGUGGCCGCCGACGCCAAACACUGCAUCGCCGAGGACAACCCGAUCCGGGGCGCCUGUCUGGCAGACGGCGGGAAGAAAAAGGCCGGCUGCACGGACGGCUACUGCUGGAAGAGCUGCGACAGCCACGGACAAUGGUGCUGGACGUCGGAGGUCACACAGGGCCGGUUAGAGGCGGCGAAAUGGGGCGACUGGAAAACGUGCCAGACAGACGACGACUGCUCCGACUUGUUCUGGUGCGGCAGGAACAAGAACGGCGGACUAUGCCCGAACUGUGGCUGUGGGUGCAAGGCGAGCGAUGGUACGGUGUGGGCUGGCGGUCACUCUAAUGGCAUGUACCAGUGGGAGAGUCAGGGCUACUCGGGGAAUUGCGAGGAUUAUUGA